GUCCCCGGGGUGAGUUUUGGCAGCCAGCACAGGUCGCCUCCAGCAGCCGCGGUGACAGACAGCUCCUGAACCAGCCCCCCUCUGCAGUGCUGCUCCAAAAUAAAAAUACCUCCCGCCUGGCUCCACUCCACUCCCGGCCAAACUUCCUCCAGGGGCAAGGUGGGGGACGAGCAGCCUAAAAAUACACCCGGGCCACCCCCCCGCUCCAAGCCGGGCUGAGAGAUGCUGUAGGACAAGGCAACGGCCCCCAAAACCUUCCAUCUGUCCCCCAAGCCCCUAUUUCCCCCCUUCCUGCCCCCCCAUCGCGGUGCCGGACGCUGGAUCUCCCCACUCUCGCCCACCCGCGGCCCCGGGGCUCAAGGUCGAGAUCCUUCCACCAUGGGGGUUAAAACGAUGCUUCCCAGCUAUGAACUGGGCUUUUACGCCCUCACCGUGACGUGUGCUGUGCUGUACAGCAGCAGCGGGAUCUUUGAAGCAUCCAGAGACAGCAUGAACCGAAAGGCCUUUCGGGACGGCAUAAAGCCAGGCUGGCACUACUUCGGCAGGAAGAUGGAUGCUGCCGAUUUCGAAUGGGUGAUGUGGUUCACCUCGUUCAGGAACGUCAUCAUCUUCGCCCUCUCGGGACAUGUCCUCUUUGGCAAGAUCUGCUCCAUGAUAGUGCCACAGCACCGGGCCGUGAUGUACAUGGUGUAUGGCGUCCUGGCCGUGCUGGGCAGCAUGGGGCUCGUCUACCUCAUGAUCAUCCUCUCCCAUUGCCUCGUCCUCUACUCCGUUGCACUGGCCAAGCAGAAGUGGCUCUGCUACGUGGCUGGGCUUUGCUGUCUCGCCACCUUCAAGGUGGAGCCAUUCAGCUCCUGGCAGAGUGGGUUUGUAACGGGAGCUUUUGAUCUUCAAGAUGUCCUCUUCUAUGGAGGAAGCUGCUUCACCAUCAUGCGCUGCAUGAGCUUUGCGCUCGAGAGCUCUGAGAAGAAAGAGGGCAUCUACUCCAUCUUCGACCUCCUCAAGUACAACUUCUACCUCCCCUUCUUCUUCUUCGGUCCUGUCAUGACGUUUGACCAGUUCCAUGCCCAGGUGAACACCAGAGAGCUGACACGCAAAGACGACGAGAUGAGGAACAUCCGGGUCCAUGCUCUCCUCCAUGUGGGAGCCAUCAUUGCUGUGGACAUCUUCUUCCACUUUUUCUACAUCCUCACCCUUCCUUCUGACCUGAAGUUCGUGAACCGCCUCUCGGACUGGUCCUUAGCUGGCCUGGCCUACUCCAAUUUGGUGUACGACUGGGUGAAAGCUGCUGUCAUGUUUGGGGUCACCAACACCAUUGCCAGAUUGGACCACUUGGAACCACCCCAGCCCCCCAAAUGCAUCACCAUGCUCUACGUCUUCGCAGAAACGCAUUUUGACAGAGGGAUUAACGACUGGCUAUGCAAGUAUGUGUAUGACCACCUUGGAGAGAACCAUGACAACAUCAUGAAGGAGCUCAUUGCCACCAUAGCCACCUUUGCCGUCACCACCCUUUGGCUGGGACCCUGUGAGAUUGUUUACAUCUGGUCUGUCUUCAACUGCUUUGGCCUCAACUUUGAGCUCUGGGUACAGAAGUUCUUCCAGCUUGAGCCCUUUGCCAAACUAGAGGCCAAAAUGUCAGCAGCCAUGUCUCGGAGGAUUAGGGCAGUUUUUGGGGCAGCAAAUUUCUGGGCCAUCGUCCUCUACAACAUCCUGGCCCUCAACAGCCUGGAGUUUGCACUGCUGGUCACCAAGAGACUCCUCCUGACGGGUUUCCCUGUCAGCACCUUGUCCAUCUGGUUCAUCACAUACUGUGGAGUGCAGCUGAUCAAAGAGCGUGAGCACAUGCUGGCCAUCGAGGAGGAGAAGUCUGACAAAGCAAAGGUGGAGUAGAGGGAGGCAUUGGUGGGCUUGUCCCAAAGCCUCGUCUCAUUUCCAGCCACCACUACCAGUCCAGACACUGGCUGGGCCUCUCCAAACACUCCUGACAAUCGGACUGCUCUAGCUCACCCAUGCAGAAGUCACCUGGCAGGCACAGGUCACCCCCUUGCUGCAGGAAAGACUUUCUGUAAGACACAGUGGGGUUUUUGCAGCUCCUCAUUCACGGCAGACUGCCGAGGUAGGCUCCCAGGACUUUUCUUUAAUAUCAGCAAGAGCCAACCCCAUCAGUUUUCUGCCCUCUGACAUUGUGCAGGCCUAAAGAUUUCAUCCUCUGCUUCCCAUAACACUUGGUCCACCAACACUUGGCUCUCCCACAGGUCCUAUGUCUCCCAGAGGAGACUUUCCAAGUCCCACAGCUGGAGAUCUUAGGGUGGGCCAGACACACAGCUAUGAGAAAGGGAUUAGCUGGAACUGAGCCUAUUCUGAGCAGACCAUCUCCAGGUCCCUUCCAGCCUGAGCAUCCCAUGUUUCUUUCACUACAAGGAACGGUCAGCAUCCACUUUCAAGUGUUCAGCAUCCAUGGUUGUGCAGUAAGAACUCUGGAAUGGCUCAGCAUGAUCUAAACCUACCAAGAGGCUAAUAAAUAGAUAGUGCAGUCUUUAUAGGAAAGGGAAAGAGGACCAGGAACAGCACAUUGAAGAGUAAUUAUCUCCCCACCGCUGUCAGUGGUGCAGAGGGAAAGCUGUUACGAUCUCUGCAGAACAAGCCCCUUUAGUGCUAAAUGUCUUGAAAAAAUGAUUUAACACCAAAAUCAGGCAUAGUUAAUGAAAAUGCAUGAGCCAACACCUGCUUCACAGCCUUCGUGCAUCAUCUACAGGUCGCCUGGGGAGUGGACAUGCUGAAGAAACACAACAUGUGGCUCACAACUGCUUGGUCCCCAGGCCCCAACUCAGACUCAAAGAGCUCUCCAAUGCUGGGUCUGAGAUCAGUUUGGCCACCAUGACCAUCCUGCUGUGAUAAGUAUCCUGGGACUCAAAAAAAAAUAUCUCUUGCAUUUUUUACAUGCCAUGGGCAAAGGUUUAAGCUCCCAUUCCUGCCUAUGGCUCAGGAACGGAAGAUGCUGUAACUAACUCUUGCUCAUCUCCAUCCAUCCCUUUGCUCAACUGACUUCAGUGCACAAAGCCUGAGCCCACGAUUACAUGGCUGAAUGAGCACACACAUAGAUGUACAACCAAAAGACAAAGACCUUGAAUGAAGGGCUGUGAUUUGGGACUUGGUGGCAAAGGGGAAACCCAUGAGAGACUCCUUGGGGAAGCAGACUUUGGGACACCGCAUAGAGAAUGCAUUGAAUAAAUGUACAUGUAUGAAACAUGGUGCCUUGGGGAAAAGGUGGGUUUAUAACUGAACAAUAGCUCUGUCUCUCUUGCACUUUAGACUAACUUUCAGUGGCCUUAUGUCUGAGUUAUGUUGAUGUUGAUCUGGACCGCUUUGCAAUGUGGGUUGAGGAUCUUGGUGCUGGUGUGUUCUGGGUUCCGUGUGGAUGAAACAGGACCAGCUCCCAGCCAGCUUUCAGCUCUGCCAAAGCAAUUUGUGAAGUCCCUGAGAAAUGUUGUUUAUUUAUGCAGUAAAUAAAUGUUGGACAUCUA